AUGGCGACCGAUGACAGACGAUCAAAUUUCAGGUUGCUAAGGACGUCUUUGAUUCUGGACCAAGGCAGCAAAUGCACUACUUGCUAUGGAGACUGUCUCAGACUGUGUACUUACAACGCGAGAACAGCGUCGACAGACUCUGACCUGCAUGCUCUUUUCGGAGCUGCAGAGCGUACCAAAUUUCACGUGAUUGCUCUGCAGGAGACCAAGUGCAGAAGGAGCGAUGGACCACAGAUGAAUUACGGUAGAUUCGUCAUUCGUGGAGAGAAGGUUCCGUCGCGAAAUGUAGGUGGUGUUGGUCUUGUUGUGCACCCAUCUGUCGUCCAUCUUUUCGAUUCUCACGAGAUCCUGUCACCUCGUCUGGUCAUUCUUCGUCUCCGCCCUCUGCGCCAAAAACCCAUCAGUAUCAUCAACUGCUACUCACCAACAUCAACAGCUGAUGAAUCCGAAUUGGAGGCGUUUUAG